CUGUCUUUGAGAUUUAGUAGGCAACAUUUUGGAACAGUUUUUUAGUUGUAUGCUUGGUUUUAGAGAGCUCAUCAAACCUAUGUCAAAACGCAGAUGAUGUAAGCCUUCGUCAUUGGCGUGUUGUCGGGAACAUUGAAUAUGACGGGCUGGGUGCCAACUGUUGAGGCUAAAUAUGCCGUGGCUAUUUAUAAUUUUGAGGGCAUCAACUCCUUCGAGCUAAAAUUGAGCGUCGGCGAUACUGUCCAGAUACUGGAGGAAUGCUCAGGCUGGUACAAAGGUUUCACAACCCGGAACAGACGGCUAAGGGGUAUAUUUCCAAAGGGCUAUGUCUUCAUCAAGGAAGCUAGUGUGGAAAGUCAUGGGGAAGGAAGGGAGACAGUCAUACCGAAGGAGACCCCCGUAGUCCAUGAGUUAACCACGGUAAUACGAGAAUGGGGAGUGCUGUGGAAACAACUCUAUGCGAAAAUCAACCGUGAAUUGUUUAACACCAUUCAUGAGAUGAUGUACGAGCUGAUUGAUUGUCAGAAACAAAUCGUCUCUGGUACACUCCCUGUGGAUGAACUCAAGGAUCUUAAACAACAAGUCACCUCCAAGAUCGACUGUGGCAAUAGAGCUCUGGGUCUUGACCUUGUGAUACGAGACGAAGAGGGCGGUAUACAGGACCCAUUCUCAGUCAGCACGGUGGCGCUCUUCAGACAACACGAGACUGCAACGCAAAGAAUAGGCCAACAAAACGAUACACUCAAUCUAGGCUUCCAGAAACAUCCCAAAUCAGUCAACGUUUACUCCUACAACCUCUUUGUCAACUUGAAGAAUGUCGUUUGUCGCAUCGGGGAAGACUCUGACGUCCUCAUGAGCCUGUACGAUGCCAAGGAACAAAAGCACAUAAGUGAAAGUUACGUGGCCAAGUGGAGUAGCAAAGGCAUACCUAGAGAUAUCAGUCUCCUAUACAGUCUUAAGACAAUAUUUACGGAUCUCGGUGCUAAGGAUCUACAGAGAGAAAAAGUCUUCCUGGUGUGUCAGAUCAUUAGAAUAGGGAGGAUGGAGAUGAAAGAGGGUGAUAAUAACAAGAAGUAUACGUGCGGGUUGAAGCGACCGUUUGGUGUGUGUGCCAUGGACAUCAGCGAUAUCCUCUCAGGCAGGAUAGAAACGGAUGAAGACAAACAACACUUCCUUCCGUUUCAAGCGAGUACCGGUGAAGACUCGUUAGAUAGCAUCGUGCGCAAAGUGGUUACUGCAAGAGAGAUCAACCAUAAGGGACAGGGAAUAUGGGUCGGACUGAAAAUGAUGCCUGGUGACAUCAAACAGGUUUGGAAGGAUUACCCUCACCUCAUGGACAGCAAGACGGCUAUUGCUAAGAAGAUGGGCUUUCCAGAGGUCAUCAUGCCAGGUGACGUCCGCAAUGAUGUCUAUGUAACACUAAUGCAUGGAGAGUUUGAUCGUGGUAACAAACCCAAGGCCAGGAAUGUAGAAGUAUCCAUGGAGGUCUGCACAAGCGAUGGCACAUUACUGGAGGAUGUGAUCCACACGGCUGCAGGAGAACCACCUGGUAGUUUCUAUCAUUCUGUUGUCUACUAUCAGGUCAAAUCACCCAAGUUCUGCGAGACUGUCAAGGUUGCCAUACCUAUAGAGGAGUUUUGCCAGACAGAUACCCAUUUAAGGAUAACAUUCAAACAGAGAUACUCCACAGAGACCAAAGACAGACAAGAGAAACCCUUUGGUGUUGCUUACCUGCGUCUAAUGACAGCCAUUGGAACCACUAUCGUCAAUGGUGAACAUGAACUCUUAGUAUACAAGUGUGACAAACUUCAAGAAUCCAUUGGCACACAUUACCUGGACCUUCCAUCAACCAAGCACGAGCUAGAAAGAAAGCACCAGAGUCAGACCAGUGGGGGCAGCGGGGGUAGCUCCAAUAGUCUCGGCAGUACGGGCAGCCUGGUCCGCAGUAAAGGGUACAAUCUAAGCUCCAAGGACUCCCUGCAUAUAUCAACGUUGGUCUGCUCGACUAAACUCACACAGAAUGUUGAUUUGUUGGGUCUGCUGAAGUGGAAGAGUGAUCGGAGUAACCUUCAGGCCAAUCUGGAAAAACUAAUGAAGGUUGACGGAGAGGAAGUUGUCAAGUUUCUACAAGAUACCCUGGAUGCAUUGUUCAACAUCCUGACUGAGAGUCCUCAAUCUAACGAGUACGAUGAACCUGUCUUCAACGCAUUGAUUUUCAUAAUCGGAUUGAUAGCGGACCGUAAAUAUCAACAGUUCCGACCAGUACUUGACGCUUAUGUGCAAGAGCACUACAGUGUAACUUUUGCUGACAUUAAGUUGAUGCGGGUGUUUAAGAACUAUCUUGACAACGCCGGGGAGAAGGGGAUGCAGGAUCAGCUCCUGAAGGCACUCAAGGCAAUGGAGUACAUCUUCAGGUUCAUCUUGAGGUCACGGACCCUCUUCACUGGAUUGCAUGGUCACAACACAGGCAGGAAUCAAUUUGAGGCUUUAUUGAAAGAUGUCUUCCUCUCACUCAAGUGGCUUAUGGCUUACACGUUGGACAAUGUACUACUAUGUCAGGGGGCAGCGAUGAAAUAUCUACCAUCAGUACUGACGGACACGCUGGAAAUGCUCGAGCCUAAGGAGUUGGCCAUUCUGGUCAAGGAGUUCUUGGUCAGCCUCCCUCCUGACCGACUGGUCAAACAGAAGAUGGACUGCAUCAAGGACAUUGUUCGUGGAGAACUCUUUAGACGGAGAGAUUGCAGAGCUGUGCUUCUUCCCAUGACAACGAUGUUCCUAAAAAAGCUCCUGACCAAGAAAGAAGACAUGAGACAAGUGUCCGAGGUCCUCAGUGAAAUUCUGGAUACACUGUGGCGGAAAGACAUUGGGCCGACCCACGGCGAUAUCUCUGAGGUGAUGCACUCGUUAUUAAGGACAGUGAUUCAGUCAGUUAUCUUCAUGUACAUGGACAAUGACGAGACCCUUAUCGGGAGGUUUGUGAGCAGCAUGAUCUCCAUCCUGCAUCAGAUGACAGAGUACCACUACCAGGAGUACAUCAACGCCUUCCCAACCAGGACGGACCUCUUGGACUUUCUGAUGGAGAUCUUCAUGGUCUUCAGAGAUCUCAUCUCCAAGAAUCUCUACCCUAAUGACUGGGCCACCAUGAUUGUCCAACAGAACAGUGUGAUUCUGUUUGCCAUGAAGCAAUAUGCACGCGUUCUUCAGCGUUCGUUUGUCCGCAUUGACGACUUUGAGUUUCAACUCUGGAAUAACUUCUUCCAUCUGGCUGUGGCCUUUGUGACUCAGGAAUCUCUGCAGCUAGAAAACUUCAGCCCAGCGAAACGAAACAAGAUCUUAGAAAGAUAUGGUGACAUGCGCCGAGAGGUUGGUUUUGAGAUCAUCCGCACCAUGUGGAACUACUUGGGUAAGAACAAGAUCCGUUUCAUCCCGGAGAUGACAGGGCCAUUCUUGGAGGUCACCCUGGUACCAGAGGCGGAGCUACGGAAGGCCACGCUGCCGAUCUUCUUUGACAUGAUGCAGUGUGAAUGUAAUGUCAGAGGAAACUUCAAGGAGUUUGAACGCGAGAUCAUCAGUCAAUUGGACGUUCUUGUGGAAGGAGGUCACGGAGAUGAACUUUACGUUGAUCUGUUUGGACAGAUUAUCGGUGAGUACUGCACCCAGCACCCAAACCUGUUGGGCACUGAAGGAAUGACAUUUGUCAAGUUAGUACGAGACCUAAUGGGAAGGCUCCUAGACUACAGGGACAUCAUCCAUGAAGAGAGCAAAGAGAACAGGAUGAGCUGUACUGUCAAUCUGUUGAAUUUCUACAAGGACAUUGACAGGCAGGACAUGUACGUUCGUUAUCUGUACAAACUUUGCGAUCUCCACUUAGAGUGUGAUAACUACACAGAGGCUGGCUUUGCACUUCAGCUACAUGCAGACAGACUUCAAUGGUCUGAAAGACCCUUGUUGACACACAGCGAUAAAUACCCAGAAGCGCAGACGGAGAGACAGCUGAAGGAGUUACUGUAUUAUGACAUCAUAGACUUCUUCGACAAGGGCAAGAUGUGGGAAAAAGGAAUCCUGAUGUGCAAAGAGCUUCAGAUUCAGUACGAGAAGGAACUGUUUGACUACAUCCAGCUCGGCGAACUGCUGCAAAGAAUGGCUCAUUUAUAUGACAAGAUAAUGAGAAUUCCGCGGCCAGCACCGGAGUACUUCAAAGUGAUGUACAUCGGUCAUGGGUUCCCAUCAUUCCUCAGGAACAAAGUGUUCAUCUACAGAGGCAAGGAGUAUGAGAGACUCGCUGACUUUGUAGCCCAGUUGCAGCAGCAGUUCCCCAAUGCUUCCAUGAUGAAUAAGACCACACCACCAGACAAUGAGCAGCUGAUGUCCAAACAGCAGAUUCUUCAAGUUGUUCCAGUCCAGCCACUGCGGGAAGACAAGAAGGAAUUUAACGGGAAAACAAUAUGUGAUCAGAUUUUAAGCUACUAUGCAGUGAAUGAGGUGAUGAAGUUCUCAUAUUCCAGAGCCUUCCACAGAGAGACGAAAGACAAAGACAACGAAUUCAAGACUAUGUGCAUAGAGAGGACGUAUUUCACCACAGCUUACAAACUACCAGGGAUUCUCAGAUGGUUUGAAGUUGCUAAAACGUCCUCGGUGGAGUUGUCACCGAUCAGCAACGCCAUCGAGAACAUGGAGGAUGUGAACAGCAAACUGAAACAGAUGGUUGGUCAGUACCAGGCAGACUCCAGUCUACCCUUAAACCCGCUCAGUCUGCAGCUCAAUGGUGUCAUCGACUCAGCAGUCAUGGGAGGUCCUGCAAAAUAUGAGCAGGCCUUCUGUACUGAUGCUUACGCCAGUAAACACCCAGAGAACGCCAUCCAUAUUGCCAGACUCAAGGAGCUUUUUGCUGAACAGAUUCCUCUGGUGGAAGUGGGUCUGAUGAUCCACCGCAACAAGAUGAAAGAAGACCUUGGACCUUUCCAGAAGAAGAUGGAAGACAUGUUUGUAAAGAGGAAGGAGCAGGUUGAAGAACGCUAUGGGAAGAAGCUUGUCGAGGGUUUUGCCUUUACACCGAAUGACCGCAUGAUUCAGUCCUACGCCCGCCGAUUCUCCAGAGGGCGCUCUGACCGGCCGCUGUCGUCUGUUUCAAAUUCUUCCACGUCGUCGGACACUCAUGGAUCCAGAAGCAGUAUCGUCUCCAAUCCUGACAAUUUGAGCUACUUGCAAUUAAUGAGCUCUACAGUCACACAGCACUUGAGUCUUAACCUAGCCACACCGAGGCGUAUGAGCGAUUCGUCAGUCUUUAUCAAGGGGCAAGGUACCCCAGGUAGUAAAUCCUCGGGGCAGCAUAAGGAUAAGGUGUCAGGUAGUCCGGCUAAACGUAACAGUAAAGAUAUGUCGGCUGAAGACUCUGGUUCCAACGCUAGCACGCCGUCAAAGGAGGCGGCAAAACCAAUUAUACUGGAUGAGAAGAUAUCAAGUGCGAGGCCACUUCGUAAGGAUAUGAAGAAAGCCAACGCAUCCCCAUUACCAAGACCUCUGAAGGCGAUGUCGAUGCAUGUCCCCAUGACGACCAGCUCCCCUGAAGACGACCCAGAUGUACCUCCUAAGCUUCCGCCAAAGGCAGCCUAUAGUGACUACUCCAGCCUACCCUUCCAAGACGCUGGACCCAACCCACUCCCUCCAAAGAAACUUAGCCUCCAGUUGGGUGCCUCACCAUUCAGGGACAAGCCACCACCCCUCCCAGGCAAAGAACCAAGUUCUACAGCCACCCCAAUGCCCCAGAUGAAGGAGCCCUUACUACUUCCCGGAUCGCCGGCUAGAAAACCUACCUUGAACAACACAUCAUGAGAGCGACUACUUACAUAUACACACAAAGCAUAGGGCUGCCUGGUCUGUAGCAAUAAUUGGUAACUGAAUCUGCUGUUAAUUCGAUUCUCUCUUUGAACAUUUUCCAUGAGCGACCUUUUUAUCGUCACUGGUUCCAGUCCUGCUUGGAACAGUACGUCCUCCACACUAAUUGGUUCAAAUCCUGUGUAAACAAUUUUGAAUUGAUCACAUAUUGUUCGAUGUUCGGACCCUCUUCGGUACUCUUUUCUGGUAGAACAAAUAGAGUGGCAAAAGAGAGGUUACAGGUUUGAAUCUUUAUCCAUAAGAGGGAAAACAUCCUUGAAAUGGUUGGGUCAAACUGUGUAAAACAUUUUGAAGUGAUCAUGUAUUAGUUGAUGUUCCAACCCUCCUCUGUACAUUUUACUUGUAGAGCAACUAGAAUUGCAAUAGGGAGGUUACAGGUUCGAAUCCAAAUAUGAAAAUAUCCUAUGUUGGAGGCUUUUGGUUACAUCAUGCCUCAAAUGCAAGCUCCGUUUUAAAUGUUACUGGUUCGAACACCACUCUCAGAUACAUCUUGAAGAAACAAAACCUUGUGAUGCAUUUCUUGAAUGAAAGCUCUGUAGUUUUCCAGUCAGAACCAGAAAUACAGGAACUGAGUUUGAAUCCUGUUUUUUCCCACACUUACGUAAUCAAUGCAUUUAACUAAUAGAGGUCCCUGAUGCUGCAAAUGCUGAUGAAUAAUGCCAGAAAAUAUGCAAAUAAUAAAUGUAACGGUACACCUUGUAAAAAUGUGAUAAUUUUUAUUAAUAUUUUUUUUAUAUAAAAACAGUACUUUUUGAUCAUUUCCUGUGGUCAAAUGUAUCAGGUUUUGCACAUUUUGUUUUCUUCUUUUAUAAUAAAAUGAAAACAUAAUUGAGAUGUUUUUUUGUUUUUUUUGUAAUUUUAUAAUAAUGCCACUUAAGUUUUGAUUACUUAUGCCAAUUGUUACCGUUUUGUUGAUUGUUUCCCCUUGCAAAAUUGAAUGCAAUUAUAGCUGGACUAUGGAUUGAUUGUCUUUGAAUAAUGGGUUAUGUUAUGGGCUGGAUUCCUGUAAAAAGAUUGUGUUGACCCCUUAGCUUACUCAGAAAAUGUCCUUUGCAAUGUCGUAUGGUCUGUUAACAGUAUCUGGAGUAUAUCAUGUUCAGAGAUGAAUUUUAAGAGCUUGGGGGUCAGGAAUCAGACUGAGAUGGCGAUUGUCAGUUUAUAUAUAUCUCUAUAUGGUUUUCAUGAUUUGUGGGAAGUUAAGUGACUACUGCAGUCUGUUCUUAUGUGUGACCCUUUGCUCAAAAAGGAGUAAAGAUAAGUUUACUAAUUACCAUGUGAGAAAGAAAAGAGGUGUUAAGAAGCGCAGCAUUUAAGUGGCUUGAGCAACAACUCUAAGGGAACAAAACACACAUGUACAUGAACAUGUCAUGCAUGCACGAUACAUCAAAUAUGUAAUGAAAUGUGAUUCACUAUGGGGCAGCCACAGCAUUGGAGCAAGUAGGCGACACAGGCUGGCAGUAUCAGACGGGCUAGCCGUAGUGGAUGGGCAGCUGGUUGAAUGGAUAGGACACUGGCUGUAGCGGAUAAUCAGCUGGCUAUAGCGGAUGGGCAGGUGGCUGUAGUGGAUGGGCUGCUGGCUGCAGCAGAUUGGCGGCUGGCGGUAAUGGAUAGGCGGCUGGCCCUAGCAGUUGGAUAGCUAGCUGUAGCGUUCAAAAGCUGGCAAUAGCGGAAAAUAGGCUGGCUGUAGCAAAUGGGCAGCUGGCUGUAGUGGAUGAUCAGGCUGGCUGUAGUUGAUUGGUGGCUGGCAGUAGUGGACUGGCCGCUGGCUCUAGCAAUUGGACAGCUGGCUGUAGCGUUUGGGCGGCUGGCCGUAGCGGAUGGGCAGCUGGAUAUAGUGGAUGGGCCGCUGGCCGUAGUGGACGAGAGGCUUGCUGUUAUGGAUGAUCAGCUGGCUGUAGUUGAUUAGAAUUAGCUGUGGCGGCUGGUGGUUGUGGACGGGUGGCUGGCUCUAGAAGUUGGACAGCUGGCUGUAGCGUUCGUGCGGCUGGCCGUUGCGGACAAUCGGUUGGCUGUAGGUGAUGUGCAGCUGUAGUGGAUGGGCUGCUGUCUGUAGUGGACAAGAGGCUAGCUGUAGCGAUGGAGGAGCGGCUGGCCAUAAAGGAUGAUCGGCUGGCUGUUGCGGAUGCUUGGUUGGCCAUAGCGAAUGGCAGCCAGCCUUAGUGGAUGGGCUGCUAGCUGUAGGAGAUUGGAAGCGGGCCAUAGGAGGAUAGUGGUGGCCAUAGCAGCCAGGCAGCAAGCAGUUUAGGAGAGUUUAAGCAAUUCUUGCAAACAAGGCUAUCCCAGAUUAGACCAACUGAAGAACUCGAGGCCCUGCACCAUUUCAUAAAGUUGCUUGAGCCAAAAACCAUUUCAGAAACUGUUCAACAGCUAUAAUGUAAUCAUGGAUCUCCUGCUUUCAUAUGCAAUAUCUUCUACUUGUGUAAUUGUUUAAAUGUUUACUAUCUCACUUUCUUGGCUAUUCUUCUGUGCUGCAGCCAAAUCAUAUCUUCAUCUGUGUUUAUUACUUUUAAAUCAAGUAAUAUAAAACAUACUGCCAGGAGUAAUGGUUUCUUUAAGUUGCUGUUAAAAUACCCGAGUUUAAUUCAUGAACAAGUUCACAAAGAACAUCUUUAAGUUUCGAAGAAAUUCAAGUUGCAAUUCCAUGUUGUUACUUUCAACUAGAUGCAGUCUGGAUUGUAGUUGUAUUUUUCUUUUUAAAUAUUUGUUUGUCCGAGUCGUAUUUUAAGGCUACCGUGUCUUUUGUAUUGUACAUAAUGAUCAGAUGAAAUAUUAUACCUUAAGCUUUGUUUAUACUCAACGGGAUAGCGACCGUGAAGCGCUAAGGGUCUUUUCCAGGCUUCAGCUUGGCGUCCCAGGCUUGGGCUCCGGUUUGGGCUUUGUAUCAAGUCAGGUCAAGUUCCUGCAAUGACCAAUGGUUAACCGGUGGCUGUUUGACACCAGUAGGGCAUGCGCACAGAAGUUGUAUAGUGUGAACGACCCAAUUCAUGUCAUGUCAACGGGACCGGCUGCUCAAUAGUGUACAUUAUUAUUUUCUGAUAAACUGGUGCACUUGUCUAAUUAUAACCAGCCAUGUGUCCAUGCUCGGUAGGCUGGUUCCAAAUAGUCGACGAGCAUAGUCCAACUAUCGUCAACUAGACAGAGUUUGGGCUAUUGUAGUCGAACUAUGGUCAACGAUAGUUCUUGCAAGAACUUGGUCUCUGUAAAAGUGUACAAAUUUGCAUGGUGUUGCCAAGAUCAAACGAAGCCUUCAUGUUUAGUCUGAGCUUAAAGACCCUGGACACUAUUGGUAAUUGUCAAAGACUAGCCUUCAAAGUUGGUGUAUCUCAAAAUAUGCA